AUGGAUCUGCAAGCAAAAGCGUACCAUGUUCUGAGCUGGUCGUAUUAUAUGUUUGGAAACUAUGAAAAAAGCAAAAAAUACAGCAACCGCUUACUGAGUAGUGCCAAGGAGAUGAAUAAUAAAGAGCUGCAGGCAAAAGCGUGUCAUGCUUUAGCUUGGUCGAAUGAUGCGACUAAAGACUACAAAGAAAGCAAAUCACACAGCAAAAAAUCCCUGAGAAUUGCCCAGGAUGUGACAAAUAGGGAACUGCAAGCAGCAGCGUACUGUGCUCUAGCUUGGUCAUAUUACAGGGUUCACGAAUUAAGAGAAAGCAUAGCAUACAGCAAAAAAGCACUGAAGAUUGCUCAGCAAGUUAAUAAUCGGGAACUGCAAGCAAAAGCAUGCUUUGUUUUGGCCUGGUCGCAUAAUGCGAGUAAAAACUAUGAACAAUGCGAAUUUUACAGCAAAAAGUCACUGGAAAUGGCCAAGGAGUCGCAAAAUGGUGAACUGGAAGCAGAAGCAUGUAUUCUUCUAGGCCGGUUAUACCGCUUGACUUCCAAAUUUAAAGAAAGCGUUGAAUACAGCAGACAAGCGCUAAAAAUUGCCAAGGCAAUGAAAAAUGAGCAAUUGGAAGAAGAAGCACAUAUUGUUCUAGAUUGGUCGUACCACUCGACACACACAGUUGAGCACGGUAAGGAUGACUCAAUGUAACGUUUUUGUUAAGUCCUUUUAGAAACUAAUUUUAAAAUGAUUUAUAAAUAAAGAGCAUUUAUCAGGAGGACCCGCUGAAAGUGACCAAAAAAUAUCUCUUACACUCUUACAGACUACAAGCUACGAUGAAACUAAAAUUAUCAAAAGAUGGUCAAAAAUUGCUUUCACACAUCAUGAAACAAACCAGUGCUAGAACAGGUAAAAUUCCGUCCGUAAACGAUUCGUCCAGCUAGCGUUGACCGCGUCUGAAGAACGCUUGCGAUAUCCGAAAAAAAAGGCGCGUCAAUAGUGUAGGCUCAUUGCCAAAAUAAUCCAACAAAGGCACAAACCGAGAAGCCCCACGGAAACGUCAGGGCUCACUUACUCACUCACUCACUAAAUCAAUCAAUCAAUCAGUCUUUCAAUCAAUCAAUCAAUCCAUUCAGUCAAUCAACACAUUAUUUCGCUACGCGGGGGGCGGAUCUGGGGAGGUGCAGAGCGCACCCCCUCAGAUGACCUGCGGUUUCUAAUACAACUGGUAUUCUACAAAAAAAAAAAACUGGUUUUGUUUUUGUUGCUGAAAAUAGGGACAAGGGACGAGUGCACCCCUCUAAAAAAUCCUGGAUCUGCCCCUGCUACGCUGGCCACACACAACACAAGCUGAUUUCCACGGGUGGGGCGUAGAGCAAACACACGGUAGAAACAAAUAUAAGCAGUAAUUUGUUCCAAAGAUACAAAAUUUCAGAGAAUAAUUAGUUUAGUAAUACGUAAAAAUGUACUGAUCUAAUAGUUCCUAUAAUAUAUAGGUUGGUGGGAGUUUUCAAGAGUAAUUAGUUUUAUACACACACAAAAAUUAUAUUAUGAAGUCAGAGCGAUCCAGCAGAAGGUAAAAAAGCAAGUUAGCUCAGCUCAGCUUUUUGGGUAGAGCUGGAGAAAAUGGCGGGAAAAUUUACACGUUUGCGAACUGAAGAAAUAGCCGAACUGCCCUUUUUAUCAAGGACAUAAAAAAUCAACAACAGCUGUUCUUCAGAUCACACUCAGCCUUAGUCAAUACUUAAAGGGGCUGUGUCAUGGCAGUACAGUUCAUUUUGUUUAAUUUUGCCAAUUACUCGCCCUCCAUCGCUAUGGAACUUAAAGUAAGCAAAGAAAUUACAUGUAAAUGACAAAAUCAGAGAUCCGAGACAAACAAAUAUGUCUCCUGAGCGUUAUUUUUGAAGUUGCAAGCAGCAGGGAUCAACUUUGAAAGACUGUUAGGCUGAACAGUUUUCAAAAACCCUGAUUUCAAUCCGUUUCAAUUUUCUUCAGUUUUGCCCAUCCGUGGCAUCUGUUGUUUCUGUUGUGUUAUUUUAACCUUCCUUUAAUGUUUUAGCUGGUUAUUUUUAUAUUUCUCUUAAUUUAACGGGCAUUUUGUAAUUUCCUAAUUUGGCUGGAUUUCGUGACACAGCUCCUUUAAUAAUUGCUAAUUUAUGUGCAUGCAGAUCAAGGGUGUUAUUCCCCUUCCCAUAGGCCGAGGUGGAUAACACCCUCCGAGAUCAUAAGAAAGCCGAAUCCAAUAAUUUUUUUAUUGUUCAUUCAAAAUCUUUUCCGUUUAAAAACAUACUUACCUCGAUCGAUGUAAAGUUGGCGUCUACUCUUACCGCACCGUGAAUCGAAGAAAUGACCCCGGUACGACGACAAUACGUAACUUUAAGUCUGUUGAGUUGCUGCUUUUUUCCCCAUUUUUUCCAUCGCUGCCAAAACAGCUAAGCUUUGGCGCCUUCUGGCUAUCCUUUUUUUUGUCGAUAUUAAACGAAUUAUUUGAUGAGGUUUUGUGAUAUCCGGAAUAAUGAAGGUCAAGGAAAGUGUUAUCGAAAGCCGAGCCGGGCCGAGGCUGAUAACUUUCAGGCUAUGAGGUAUUAGGAUAUCCUGCGCCAGAUAUAAAGGAACGAAUUGAUAUUUUUAUCGGAAAUCAUUAGCUGUAGGCUUUUAAGUAGCCAAUGAGAGACGAAUUAAUGAGUGCAAUGUAUAGUAAUCUGCACAAUCGGUGACAAUUGUACCGAUAUCUGAAGCGAUCUUUCAAAUUUGGUCAACGUUAGCUGGAUAGGAAAAAAAACGGAGAAAACAAUCGCUGUGGUGCAAAUGCUAGUAGGAGCUGUCUAACUGUAGCAUUUUUAAAUGCUAAAACUAUAAACUGUUAAACUGUUUAAAAAACACUUUGCUCAUGGAUACUUUUAUGGAGGUAAAAAUGAAUACGAUUUUUAAUCUAGACGAAUGACAACAAAAUGUAUCUAAAAACAAUAAAGGUUCUUUCAAUGCGUUAUCUUCCUUUCUUCUUUUUAUUGCGUUUUGCUCGACCCUUUAAUCUGACGGGUUUCAUAACCAUUUACAAUCCAAAACAUCUGUGACGUAAAACUAUAUUACAACUGUUUUAUAUAUUUAGUUCCGAGCGAGAUCAAAGCACGAGGACCAGGAGCACAGAUUGCCUAUGAAAAUGCUUUGAAGACUGGAAAAGUAAAGGUGUAUCGAGCCCGAAUCAUGCUGAUAGGUCAAGAUCGAGCGGGUAAGACAAGUUUGAAGAAGUCCUUCUUAGGGCUGCCAUUUGACCCUGAGGAAGAAAGUACUGACGGAAUCGAAGUUGACCCCUCGAAAUUCGAAGUAGACACUGAUCUAGUAAAGAACUGGAAACGCACCGAUGAAAAGUUGGAAGUUUCUCAAUUUGCCGCUGAUCUUGCAAGGAUGGUGGUUAGAGAACUCCAAGAGAAUGCCGACGACGAAGAAGAAGGAGAUGAGGAAAUCAAUGGCGAAGACAACGAAAUCGAAAACGAGGGAAAUGUUAAUCUAGUCCAGGUA